UUGUUCUCUAGGUGUUGGUGGCGGGGUUUCGGGUUUCGUCUCAUUAAACUGUGCAGCUCUUCUAUUUUAUUCCUGAAAAGAUUGAAACAAAGCAUUGAUGCGUUAGCUAUAGCUUCCUUCCAAUGUAUAUAUAAAUCUAUAUGGAAAAUGUUUUUUUUUUUUUUUUUUUUUUUUCUUUUGCUCAUCUGUUGCGGCACUUACUACUUUUAUAAAACUACCCAUUAAGAGCUUUGUUUUUGUAGAAGUAGUAGAUAUAACAUUAGUAAUAAAAAGAAAAUUAAUCUUAAGUAGGCUGAAUUCUGUCAAUUUUUACUAAAUGAGAAAUUAACUUUUUAAAAGUAAAAUUCUAGAAAAUUAAUCUCUAAAAUUAGAAAUUAUUGCCAAUCCAGAUUAUAGUGUAAUAUAAAAAGUUUGAAUACUAGACGUAUAAUCCAUCUAAAGGUCUUCAUAUGUUUCAGUCAAAUUGUGUCCGCUCUCACAUCCAUAAUGUUUCGGUCAAACGAUGCCCCAUUUUUCUUUUCUGCCUAUCCAUUAAUAUAUGUGCUGGCAUUCGGAUAAUUUUCAAUUCUUUGAUUCCAAAUAAUGUCAAUUUUUGGAUCAAUUCUCACUAAAAUGUGCAAAUAAAAACCAAUUUCCAUAAAUCAAAGUUAUAUUCCAUUUAAUUUAGAAUAAGGUGUAAUCCCUGCAUCUACAAUAAUGAGAACGUCCCAAUUACCAAUCAGAAAAAUAGUCUGAUUAAAAAAGUAUCCAAUUUUCUCACUAUAUUAUUCAAUUUUAAUCUUUAUAUUAUAUAAUAUAUAUUUCCUGAAUACGUAACAAUAGUGUUAUGACCGAAGAUAGGAAUAUUUGUUUAUCACAUAAAAUAAUAUUUCUCUCUCUAGAAAAAAUAAAAGAAAAGAAAAGAAAUUUCUCUCUCACUCCUAAUAACCGCGCGUGUCCGUCACCACCUCCAUUCUCUUCCUCCCUAUACGGCGCCCCCUACGCCGGAAAACAAAACAAUUUUCUUUAAAAAUAAAAAUAUUAUUUUUAAGGAAAAAAAGGGAAAAAUAGGAAACAUCUUUUUAUUUUUCUCAUUUCAUUUUCAUUUUUCAUUAACAUGCACCAACUUUUCCAUUUCACCAUCAUGCGCUCUUCUUCAUCAUCAAAACCCCUAAAAUUCCAAUCUUCAUCAAACCCUAACCCUAACCCUAGUUCAAUUUCAGCAUCAUCAACUUCAACCAUUCUGUGUAAGCAUUCACCAUCGGCAACCCUAGACAUUUUAAUUCUAAUUCUGGUGUUGUUCUCAGGUAUAUUCCUCUUAACAUCGUACUUCUCUUACAUCAUUCGCUCUCUCUCUCUCCUUCUCUCUCACUCAUCUCUCUCUCUCAAUGUUAAUAUCAAUCUCAAUCUCUCUCCUCCAAUUCCCUACAUUUGCGGCUUUUUAUCUCUCUUCAUCAUCGUUAUUCUUUUCAUCGAGUUCUGUUGCGGCCCGAGAUCUCGAAAAUGCGAUAAAGCGGGAUGCAAGGGUUUGAAAAAGGCGAUGGAGUUUGAUUUGCAGUUACAAACUGAAGAUUGUGUUAAAUCAGCGACGGGUGUCGCUAAAGACAUUGAUAAGUUGCCGUGGAAAGGAGGGAGCGAAGGGAAUCCUGAUUAUGAGUGUCUUAGAGCUGAGUUGAGGAAAAUGGCUCCGGUUAAUGGACGUGCUGUUUUGCUUUUUAGGGCCAGGUGUGGCUGUCCAGUCGCCAAAUUGGAAGGCUGGGGUCCUAAGAAAGGCCGGCGUCAUAAAAAGGCUUUGGCAAAUGUGGCUGUUAAUGGAGGAGGAGACCAUCGCUAAUUGUUUGUGAUGGUUUAAUUGUUGGAGCGGCCUUUAUAAGUUUCUCCUCUUUUACUAUCUUGUUUACCUUCCAGAUUUUGACUGUUCUUUCAUUUUCUCUAGAAAAUUACACUCCUCACCAGAACAACUUCUAUAAUCCCUUGAUCUGGCAGUGGCUCUCCUUCAAUUUUUCUGCAUCUGCAUUUUCUUGGGAGAUUGUUCUCAUUUCUGAAAAGAUAUGUCAAACUCAAUAGUCUCUCAUUUCUGGAAGAAUAUACAAGUUUAAUGGGAAUAAAUACAUAUAUAUGACAUGCCAAAUUUAUAUUUAUUAACUUUA